CGCUGUCACGGCCCUGGGAUGGGCCUUCCGAGAAGGGAAUUCCUGUCGGAGCAGUUGGGCAGGCCGGCCAGCCGACCCACACUGCCGUGGCCGGAGCCCAUCCAUCUAGGUCGGUUGCUGACACGGGUUGGCGGUGGCUGUGGCUGGGCUCGGGUGGACCCAGUGGGGCGGCACGUGUGGGCCCAGGAGUGGCCGGAGCUGACACGGGCGCUGGGGCCCCAGCGAAGUUUACUUUCCACCCUUCCUGACUCCUGCCCCGGGCCACCUACUCAUGGCCCUGCUGACCUCAGCUCGGGGCUCCCCAGUCCACCUUCAGCCUCCCUGGGCCCUGAGCACUUGGACCCACUGUACCAAGUACAGGCAGAUGAAAGGUUGGACAGCCAGGCCCUUGAGAACCCUGGGGGUGCCAGGGCUCCAGACAGCGAGGCCCUGCUGGGGGCCACAGCUACAGCGCACCCCUGGGCCGAGCUCGCAGGGGAGGAGGAGGAGGAGUGCCCCAUCUGCACAGAGCCCUACGGGACUGGGGAGCGCCGCCUGGUCCUGCUGAACUGUGGCCAUGGCCUGUGUUCAGGCUGCCUGCACCAGCUGCUGGGCACGGCCCCCAGCGCCGACCUGGGCCGUGUGCGCUGCCCGCUGUGUCGCCAGAAGACGCCCAUGCUUGAGUGGGAGAUCUGCCAGCUGCAGGAGGAGCUGCUGCAGGCCGAUGGGCCCCCGCGCCCCCCAAGCCCUGCACCGCCUGCACCACCCCAAAGAGGCCCUGGGCCCUGGGCCUCCCUGGAGCACCGCUACCAGCCGCGUUUCCUGGCAGGGCCUGUGGGCAGCCAAGGCUGCCUGCCCUUCCUGCCCUGCCCACCUUGCCUGGGUGCCCGGCUCUGGGCACUGCGGGAGCGGGGGCCCUGUGCCCGCCGCCUGGUGCUGCUGGGCCUGCUGGCCCUUGAGCUGCUGGGGCUGCUGCUCAUCUUCACACCACUCAUGCUGCUGGGGCUGCUCUUCAUGCUGCUGGACCGCUCAGGCCACUGAGCAGGGCCUGGAGACUCAGACUGGCCACAUCCUGGGGGCUUGGUGCCAUGGGGCCUUGCCCUGAGGAGCACCUUGCGCUGAGACCUGAUGACCAGGCUGACAGAUUCAAGGUUGACUAGGCAUUGGCCUUCAAUCAAGACCUAAGACUGGGCCCAGGGUCACCUGGGAGCCUGUGUUCAGCCCCUGACCUAGCCAGAGACUCCAUACCUCCCUGCUGCCUGGACAGUGGCCAGUGGUGCUCAAGGACAGCGCUAGAAGAGGCUUGUGAGCAGGGCCCCAAGCACCCCUCGACGGACAGGCACCACCACACUGACACUGGCUCUCUUCCCCACUGCACUCCAGCACUCCAGUGGACACAGACAUGGACGGAGGCCUGGAAGUGCCUCGAUUCCUUGGAGGAGGUAGGGCCCUGGGCAGGGGCUGUGGCCUCCCCCACCCCCUCCUGCCUGUGUCCCAGAUAAGGGCUAGUGUGUGUUCCCUGAAGGUCAGGGCAGCCAAGGGGAGAGGCCUUGGCUCUGCAAACUCAGCCCACAAAGGGCCUCCUCACCAGCCAGGCCGGGACCCAAGGGGGCAUCAGGAGCAGCUGGGGGCCCGGCACAUGCCCCUAAGCUACCAGGGACAAAGACCCAGCUGGGCCUUGGAGCUGGAGUGCUGAGCUGAAGCCCCUGACCGCCUGCAGCCUCCUGUCUUUGAGUCUGGGGCCUCUAUCGGAAGGACAGACAGUCACAGCACCACCUCAUGGGCUUGUUGACGUGCCAGCACUGAGCCCGGUCCAGGAAAUAGUUCUCAAUAAACAGUAGCGCGACUCUAA